AUGCCAGCUGCCCUCCAGACGAGACCGGCCGAAGAAAGGCGAAGUACAAGAUCGAACUCCCCGGGUUUCCCAUUCUCGGCGACGGCAAGGGCGACAACCAGAACACCGCGAUUCCUUUCACCCGCGGGACCUACGUCCAGUGCAUUGAUGCCAAUCAGGGCGCGUACUUCGAGCAGAUGCUUCUCUUGCCAAACGUCUUGGGCGAGUUUCGCUCAUCGCGCUCAGGUGGCGGAGGCGGAAAGAAGAUCAUCGGAUUCCCAGAGCACAUUACCAGCGACUUCGGUUCAGUGGGAGAUUUCGCAGCUUCAUCAGAGCUGGCCUUUGGCCGGAGACCAGGCCGGCGUCCGGAUCUUUGUGCAAGAGCUGCAAAGCAUGUGCACUGAGCUGACUGAGCCCGGAGACCAAGGAGGGCAGUUUUCGGAACGUGUUCGAUCCAUGCUUGCAAAGAAAGCGCUGCGGCAGUUGAGGCAUCCGAACCUGUGCCGCUGCUUGGCAAAAGCGUCGCCGGAGUGCAAGCGCUACCUGGAAAUCCUGGUUGGUCACGGAUUGGCAUUCAUCGCUAGUGAGCAUCGUUCGCUGACGCUGGCAAAUGUUUUGAGUCAAGCCACAAAUGGUCUGCAGCAGGCAGCUGUCAGGAGCGUAACCGCACAGGUCGUGCAGGCGCUUUGCCACCUCAACUCGCAUGCCUUGGUCCACGGACAGCUUGAUUCCUCAUCCGUUUUGCUGGACGAAGGCUGUGCUGCUGGGAACCUGGCCAAAUGUAGAGUCCUCCUCACGGGCCAUGGGCUGGGACACUUGAUGGCCUACGGGCGCUUGGCGAGCUGCUAUCCGCUGGCUCCUGAGGACCCGUGCUGCCUGGCUCCUGAAGUCGCCCGAGCGUGCAGCACUUCAACGGUCUCACCGGUAAGCGAAAGCCCUAGCUGCCAGCCAGAUGUUUGGGGCCUCGGCGUUCUUCUGCUGCAGAUGUUGCAGGGCCGAUGGCAAGACCGUCUGGCGACAGAAGGACUUCAGAAUGCGCCGCAGCUUUGCCACGUCGUUGCGGUCGAAACAUCUGCAGAGCUGUGGCGUAGCGCCGUGGCCGGGCCGAAUCCGGGGCUCACGCUUCGCUCCUUGCUCAAAGGCCGCCAGGUCGCUCCACGAGCGCCGCGAGCCGAAGGCUCCGGCUGUGAAAGUGCACCAACCCUCGAAACCCUUGAGGCAUCAUAUCAAAAGUGGCUAAUGGCAGAUGGUAUUUUGUGCGAAGCCGGCCUUCACGACUUGUUCGAGGCAUGCCUUAUUCUGAACCCGUCCCAUCGACCACGCCCACAAGACUUGGCGUCGCACUCCAGCCUGUCGCAGCACAAAAUCCAGGAUUUGCAGCUUUGGGCGCUUAGCUCUGCCUUGCAGUCCGAAAGUUUGGGCGGUGACAGUGCUUGGGCCGCCCAAACAUCUGCAGCUUUGGCGCUUGACCCUGGCACGGUCGUGCCACCGAUGCGCUAUCUCUCCAGCCUUGGAAUGCGAACAGAACAGCUCUACUAUUGGUGGAGUCUCGCCGGCGGAGACCCCUUUUCACUGGUCGCAGCGAAGUUUCUUUUGCGACCAGCGCCUGCGAUCUUGCGGCUGCCGCUCGUGGUCCGCGACGAUGACUGCCGCAGGGGGGCUGUUUGCGACUUCCUGGCCGAUGCGCAGCAGCAGGGGCAGCCAGCAGUGUCAGGCCGAGGCACUGAGAAGGCGCUUGCAGCAGAGGAAGGCAUGGAGUUUUGGGAUCCGCCAUGUGAAGCAAAGCCCAAAGUUAUUGGCGUUUGCUUGCAAUCACUUUGUCGUGCCUGCGCAGCAGCUGACCGGCACAGCUUGGACCAUCUCAGCCUGCAGCCAAAAUCUCUCUACGACAGGGAAAAGCACUUCGGCUACCAGUGGUUGCGUGUGCGCCGAUUCCACCGCCUGCUGGCAGGGACCAGCCGCAUGGAGCUCUUUCGCGAAGCCAGCGAGGACAUUCCACCAGCUUUACGUUCAGAGAUUUGGUCCGCUUUGCUGGGGGGCGCUCCCCCAGUCGUGGACCAGGCAUGCUGGGCACCCUUCUAUGAGAAUCUACUCACUGCGCCUUUGAAGAGCCGAGAUCAAGUGGGCCAUGCCUAUCUGCUGGGCCAUCGCAGCAGCUCGAAUGCUUUGGCAACUCCGGCUGCGGAGGAGGACAUCCUGCAAGCAGCCAUGGUUGGCAUCCAAGGCUGGCAAGAAAAACACCAAGGCAUGAGACGAGGCGAGUCCCACAGUGUGGGCUGCGUCAUUGCCAGGCUCGAGAGAAUUGUCCGGGCCGUGCUGACCGCCAAUCCUUCACUGCGCUGCGCGACAGGUCUGGGGGCAUUGUGCCAGCCCAUUGCAGCCGUCUUCGGUGCAGAGGAGGCAGCAGCUUUUUUGGCCUCGCAGCGUGUCCUCCAUGGCUUUCUUUGGCCGCUCUACGGUCGCGAUGGCAAAGCACAGCGCAGGCACUAUCUGCAACUCUUCGGGGCUCUGCUGGGUUUCGCCGAUCCAAUCCUGGCGCUUCAUUUGCAGGAGUUGGGCAUGGAACCCGAGGCUUACGCAAGCGAUUGGUUCUCGACGUGGUUCGCUCAGCUUCUGCCACAAUCGCAGGCUGUGCGUUUGUGGGAUGCUUUGCUCCUGCGGCCGCCGCAGUUUUCGCUUUUCAUUGGAGUUUGCUUGGUGCAUUUCUUCCGGCUGUCCUUGUUGGCACUGGAGGAAGCGUCCCAUGUCGCCAGCUUCCUGGCAAGUUGUGCUCAACUCAUCGACUGUCAAGUGCUGGUCUCCUCUGCGCUCGCUCUUUUUCAGGCCACUCCGGCCUCUGUGACGCUGCCGGUGUUCCCGCGGCAUUCUGCCGGCGAGGCGCUUCUGUGGGAGCAUGGUUCUACCGCGAUGGCAGCGGCAGAUCCUGAUUGGGGAUAUCUCGAUUCAAUUUCAAUGGACCCGUGCGUUGAUCCAAAGAUUGAUCCAAGCGGGCUUAAAGACGGUGAGACAUCUCCACACCAACAGCUAUUGCAGCAUGCCACGGAGCAGUGGCGCCAGUGUGAAUGGUGGCGGCAAAAAAUCAACAAUAAUCCAACUCCUCCCGUCAUCACGGUGGACGACCUCCUCAGCUUUCGAAGCUGCUGCUAUGUGCUGGAUGCCCGAACGAGCGAGGAGUUCGCCGACUGCCACUUCCAAUCCAGUAUCCAUGUUAAGGAUGCGGAUGUCCUGGACUUGCUGCGGACUUUGCCACAAGAGCUAGUGGCGCAGUGCGGUACGCCUUCACAGUCUUCACUGCAGAAGACAAGCGUGGCAGCAAGUGGAGCACAAGCAAGCGCUGAAGGAACUGCGGCUGCAUCUGAGCCACUCGCUUCCAGUAGCCCUGAAGAAGCGCCCCCUUGGCUGGGCACGGAUCUUCGGCCGCGUCUCGUGGUCGUGGUGGGUGGGGAAGACUUGGGCACCGACUUUGCCGAACGACUUCGAAGCGAAGGUAUCCGGUCUGAUGCUGUUGUCGUUCUUGCAAGUGGGAAGCGCCCCGGUACCUGGUGCGGAGUGCUGAAAGUGGAGAAAAGUGUGCAAGGCACGAUCUCCCAGCGCGCUUACGCACUGCUGGGGGUAUCCCGCUCCCUCCAUGCAGCAUUCGUUCUCACAUGCCUGCAAUAUGGAUUGGACUGUGAACGAGUGAUGGAAGGCCAGACCGGGUUCACCCGGAGUUUGCGCAACGAGCUUGGCUUGCACGGACUCGCAUACGAUCAUGUAGUGAAGUAUUAUAUGCGUUGCGCAAGUUUGCACAAUGCCGGCCACUGGUCAGAGGCUGUUUUGGUUCGGUCAGCUGCCGUCGACCCGUCGCGACUGGCCGGUCAUGGUCGUGCAAUGCGGCCUUCCCCGCGCCAUAGCGGCGACACUGCUGCGGCCUUGAGCCGACUGGCGAGGCAGGCUCCACCAGAAGAGGUUCUUUGGCAGCUCGAGGGCCUCUUGAGGGCAAAUCUUCGGCCGCAGAUCUACCACCUGAACGCAGUAUUGAAUGCAUGUGGCAGAACAGGAGAUUGGCGCUUUGCAGUGGACCAUCUCCACAAGAUCGUGCAGCAUGACCUUUGGCCCAACAAGUUCAGCUUCUCUGCUGCCAUCAAUGCCUGUGAGAAAGGUAACCACUGGCAGGUGGCACUUGCACUCCUCGCCUGCAUGCCCAACUGGAAGGUUGCCGCUGACACUGUUGUCUUCAACACCGCGAUCAGUGCCUGUGGCAAAUCAGAACAUUGGGAGGCAGCGCUGCAUCUGCUGCACGGGAUGCCCGAUUCUCUUCUGGAGCCAGACGCUGUGAGCUUCAAUGCUGCCAUCGUCGCAUGUCGGAACUCCUGGCAGCGGGCCUCGCAACUGCUGCAGGAUGCUUUGGUGGGGCAUCGCGCAAUCGUCAACAACUGGAACGCCGCAGCAUCGGCACAAUCCUGGGACGCAGCGCUGUCACUGCUGCAAGCGCUGCAAGGUGCUCGGGCGCAAGCAGAUGUGGUAUCUUUCAGUGCGCUCUUCGGUGCACUUGGUGUCGGCAAGAGAUGGCCGUUGGCUGGACGUGCGCUUCAGCAGAUGAGAGAGAAGGACAUCAACUCAGAUGUUGUUUGUGCCAAUGCUGCUGCCAAUGCAUGUGCCCAAGGUGGAGUUUGGCAGGCUGCCUGGUCAUUUCUCCAGGACUUGUGUAUGCUGUCUCUGCGAACAGAUCAAGGUUUGGUCAGCUCCACAAUCAGUGGAACGCGGGUAGAUGCAGAAUUCGACAAGGAGGGUUGCGCGUGGAUCUUUGCCCUGCGCAUCCUUGGACAUUCCCAGGAUGUGGCAUUGCCACCUUCUGCUGUAAGCCGAUCCAAUGCUUUGUGCACCUGCGGCAAGUCAGCUGCUUGGGAGGCUUCGCUCAGGCUUUUCGAGUCCUUGCCGUUGACAACGGUGGAGCCGGAUUCCGUGUGUCACACCGUUACCAUCAACGCAUGGCAAGCAGGAGAUCGCUGGCGCCAUGCGAGCGCGGCCUUGGAGGCGAUGCCAUGCGAGCGCCUUUCCACCGAUGCUUUCGCUCAUGGUGCUGCCCUUUGCAGUGGUCGAGUCGGAGCUGCUUGGGCUGCUGCCUCGGCGAUGCUCCACACAAUGCAUUCCGGGCGCGUGCGAUCUUCAGCACCCAGCGACACCGCGGCCAUUGGCCACUUAGCCAGAGAGGGACAAUGGCUUCAAGCCUUGCAGUACUUUGCGAAGGUGCAGACGCAGCAGGGCAGUGUGGAAGCCACAUCCUGCUGCGGAGCCAUUCGCGCGUGCCAGCAGGCUUCUACUUGGGAUUGGGCCCUUGCCGUCCUCAGUGCUGGAAGAGAUGCUGCUUGCAACGCUGCGGCCCUUGGAGCCUGCAGGAAUGGUCGGGAGUGGAUUCGCGCAGCCGGCCUCUUGAUGGAGAUGCUGGCUUUUGCCGUGAAGGUUGAUAUCGCCAGCAGCACCUCGGCUGCUUCUGCAGCGUCCGCAGCAGGUGAGUGGUCCAGGGCUCUUUCGCUCCUCUGCCAUGCUGCUACGUCGCGUGUCGUCCUGGACGAGAAAAGCUUCCUCAUCACCUACCAGCUGCUGCGGCAAUCCGGGCAAGAAGCCUUGGGCUUGGUGCUCGAUUUCGAGGAGCUCGCCUCAGCUCAGUUUGUCUCCUUCAUGCCGUGGGCCCUGGCCUCCAUGGGCGGAGCCAGUGCCGAAGACAUGCACGGAGCCAUGGCCGAGGCUGCAGCGGCGAUCCGGUGCGAAGCACCAACACCCAUGGCGUUGGCCAGCCUUUGGUGGUCAGCCUCCAUGUUGGGUGUGACAAGCCCUUCCUUGGCUAAAACGUUGAGCAAACACGCCCGCCAGCAAGUCGAUGCUUUCCGUUUCGGUGAACUGCUGAUGGUCCUCUGGGGCGCAUGCGGCAGUGCGAAGGACCAGCAGGUGCAGUUGGCUUUCCAGCGGGAAGCCGCGGACAGACUAGACAAACUUGACUGGGCGAGCUUGCCCAGACCAAUGCAGAUUGCAUGGACGUUGGACUCUUUGGGUUCGCUGUGGGCCUGCACCUUCUCUCGCACCCUCACGGCCGAUGCCCACCAUCGAAUUCGUGCGGCGUUGCUCCGCUUUGGAGGAAUGUUGGAUCGCAUUCAGGAGACGGUCGUUCCAAAGACUCCAGGAAGCCAGCGCUUGGUGCAUGAUGAUUCUCAGCCCACGAUUGUGUUGGAUGCCUCGGACAGUGCGGUCCUCUUCAAGCCCGCCGAUUAUGAAGUCCAUGACGAGAACUCCGAUUUACCCCAACUGUCGUGCUUCAUGUCUGCCAUGUUCUGCAAUAAGUUGUCGAUUCUGCACGAUGAGGAGCACGAGCAUGGCUUCCUCCACCGCCUAGAUGUGCCAAGUUCUGGGCUGAUCUUGGCUGCUAAAUCCUACGAGCGUUACUAUGAUCUGCAGGUGCAAUUGGUGACUGGUCAAAUUUUGCGAGAUUAUAUGGUGCUGAGCCACGGUUGGAUGGAAUCGGCAGUCACCGACAUCUCGGCCCAGGUAAUGAUCGAGGACGGUGGCAGAACCAUGUCUGGGGGCCGUGGCAAGCCAGGCCUCACGCGUAUCAAGGUUGCGGCCCACGCUAACCACCCCAGUGCUGGAGUCACACUGGUAGUGAUCCGUAUUGGCACUGGCCGCCGGCACCAAAUCCGGUCACACUUGGCACACAAGGGUCACCCCACAGUAACAGAUGGUCGCUACACAUCUUUAGGCACCUUCCUGCGAGACUCGCAGUUUUGCCGACGGAAUUUUCUUCACAGGUACUUCCUGGGGUUUAUGGAUGGCAUCGGCCGGCGCUGUUGCGCAUCCUCAGAUGCACCGGAGGAGCUUCAGAUCGUUUUGGAUUGUCUGCAUGGUAAGACUCCGCAAUGCUGCGCGACGCUGCAGACAUGGCGGGUCGGCGAUUUGCCACCUUUCGAUUCAGCGAGUCGGCUCGGACCAAAAUACGGCCUUGCCUUGCAAGCAAGACCAUGUCAAUUUCCGGCCGAGGCCCAGAUGGCGCGCCCCGAGGCCUUUGAAAUCUGGGAGGCAUUUGAGACGCGGCCUCUCAGUGCUGGGAGCAGUAUCCCUGGUGUAGAUGGCCUUCCCAGCCGCUCGAUGCGACGCCCCCGAUCUUCCACCCGACUUCAGGCGGAGGUGGAGAUGAAUCGGGCACAGGCUCAGCUGUCAGAGCUGCGGAAGAAGCUCAACACUGAAUCGCGCGAGGUGGAGCGCUUGCAGCAGUGCCUGGACGCAGCCAACGGUGAGGCAUCUCAUCAGCGCACCUUAGCGCAAGCUGCGCAGGUCGAAAUAGGAAAGCUCCAUCAGCGGCUGGCAGCCAGUGAGGAGGCGGCCCAGGCAUCACAAGCGGUGCAGGAUGCUGCCGGUCGUGCCGCUGGCGACACUGAGCGCCGUUUGCAGGCCGAAGUCUUCGAGCUGACUGCGAGGUUGCGGCAGGCGGAGAGCGGGCGCGAGAUCACGCAGAGUGACCAGAUUGAGCUAAAGCAGAGGUUGGAGGAGAAGGCCGCUUAUGCAGCCAGCCGGGCCGCUGAGCAGGGCGAGCUGGCAGCACGUGCAGAGCGGCGCUUGGGCCCUAGGGCCUUACAGGGUGCGUGA